UAUCGCAGCGAGGAUAGCGAUGGAAAUGUCCAGCGCUAGUUGUCAUAUCCGGUGUCUCGGCGGUUGAGGUUCUUCUGUUCGACAAGUGUUUACACUAAUUCGGCCGCAUUUCGUCGUUGGCCAUGCAUUAAGUAACGAAAAUCAGAGUGGGAGGUGCUAUUCGCGGUUCGAAAGGAUUCAUAAACAGCAACUGGAACGUAGGACUAGACUAGGAGAAGAAAGAAGAGGACCGAAAUAAGCAAGAACUGAUUAAGAUUCAAAGAGCCACACCUUAGGCACGUGAAGACGAACAGGGAUUUUCUCUGCAAGCCACUGACUGAUAUUUAAAUUAUGUCCCUCUGUCUUGGUCUCUCUGAAAUGCUGGACCCUCUGCUGGGCAUAGCAGAUUCGCACCCGAGAAGAUGGCUGUUAAUUCUGGCCGGUCUCAGCGUUGGAUGGCUCCUAGCCACUUGCUUUAUAGCUGUUGGGAUGUAUAUGUCUUCCUGCAUCAGUUAUUACAAAGUGGGCAGCAGCAAAGAUGGUACUAUGCAUGAGAGGAACUCUUGCGGAGGGGCGUGGACGGAGGGCGAAGCCCACGCCAUUCUCGUCGUCGGCGCCACGAUAAACAUUCUGAUUUUGGUCCUGAUGGUCUCCUUCCUCAUUCGGGAAAAGAUGGAGCAGUCCGAAAGGGAGGAACCACCUCCAGACUACGAAACCUUGCUCAAAUCAGAGACCCCUCCUCCUGCCUACAAUGACCUCGACUUUGUGGAGCAACCGAUCUACGUCAUGGAGGCCAAUGACGUCUUAUCUGCCAUAGCUGAAAUCAGAGCCUGUAGCCCUGAAGCGAGUGGGGCUAACCCUCCUUCAGUAGAACCCUCAAAUCAGGCCCUGGCAGCCCUCAGCUUCCCAUCAUCCCUUUUAGUUCCUCAGGUACCGUCAGUAAAGGCUGGUAGCCAUCUGAGUGUGUUUAAGACUCCUGUGGGGAACGUUCACCUUUUCAGUCCUGUUUCUGGCGUGGUCAACGUGGUUUAGGCCUAGUGUGACUAAUAUCUCAGUGCUAAGACGAUCAUGUUGUCGUGGUAAUAGUAUUUCGAAUUCGGUUCUGGUUCUGCUAUGUUUAUUACUGGUGAUUUUGUGUCCCUACUUCCCGAAGAGAUUGGAAGUAUGCAAGUGAUGUAAAUAAUUGUCACUAUUUAUCAUACGGAGAAAUAAUGAUGUAAAAAUCGAUACUUUAUGCGAGAGUAAUUCUGAAACUAAUGUUAUUUGUAAGUUGGAUUAUUAGGGGCUGCUGGAUAAAGGGUGAGCUAUCUACAAAAUACGGAUUGGGAGUGAGUUACCUAAGAAACGGGUGUUGCACAUGAACCGCCCAACAAAUUAAGAUUGUGGGAAAUGCCGCUUUACGCUUUUCUUUUGUUAUCAGGAGAAACUGAUCUGCAAGGUAUAAAAGAAGAAACGCCAAGUAAAAGACUUAUAGAAAGCACAUAGAUGCUCUCCUCAAAUGUAAGCACUGUCUUACAUGCGCUGGGUGGAAAGAAAGAGAAUUUAAUGUUUCCCUUGAACACAACUUGGAGCAAGAACCUUUUUUUAACGUUAGAUCUAUUCACAACCCUUAUGGAACAAACUACAUGAAAGCUCUAUAUAUCCAACUUGCAAGUCACAUUUCCCAGAAUUAUGCAAACAUAGCGGCCUUAUGCAAUAAACUCUUGAAGAAAAAUUUCAUUUUUGAGUACGUUUCCUCAAAAAGUAUUGUUGACAAAGUUUUGUCUCUAAAGGAGCAGAUUAUAGAACGGCAGGUUUUGCUUAAACGUUCCCCAGAAGAAAAUCUUCCAUGGCGUGAUCUGACAACACUUAAUCGAGUGUAACGCGGUAAAACAAAAGACGGCAGAACCUUAUUCCUGCAGUUUUAACGCAAAUCUCUGGGAGGGAAUUCGAGAGAUGAAGCUAGGUCACAGAAGGGAGCAGGCCAGUGCUAAUCCACGCGAAUGUUGUUUAAGUUGCCAAAAUUUAGUUUAUAAAAUUGGUGUUUUCAGUGCGGCUGUUGACACAA